AUGAUCAUGAUCAUGAUCAUGAUGAUGGCGGUGGUGCUGCUGCUUCUUCUUUCUUUGGUGGUCAAGAGUCAGACUGGGGACAGAAGGGAGGUGCUGCACACUCACCUCCCCUACUCCCCAGAGCUGAUGGUCUUUGAAGUUGCCAGGGUCAGUCAGGUUGGUGGAGGCGCUGUGCACUCACCUGCCUUCCUCCCCUGGGGAAAGGGUCGUUGCCAGGGUCAGUCAGUCAGUCAGGUGGUGGGUGGUCUUAAUACUCGCCAGGGUCGUUGCCAGGGUCAGUCAGUCAGUCAAGUGGUGGGUGGUCUCAAUACUCGCCAGGGUCGUUGCCAGGGUCAGUCAGUCAGUCAGGUGGUGGGUGGUCUUAAUACUCGCCAGGGUCGUUGCCAGGGUCAGUCAGGUUGGGUGGUCUCAAUACUCGCCAGGGUCGUUGCCAGGGUCAGUCAGGUGGUGGGUGGUCUUAAUACUCACCAGGGUCGUUGCCAGGGUCAGUCAGGUUGGGUGGUCUUAAUACUCGCCAGGGUCGUUGCCAGGGUCAGUCAGGUGGUGGGUGGUCUUAAUACUCGCCAGGGUCGUUGCCAGGGUCAGUCAGUCAGUCAGGUGGUGGGUGGUCUCAAUACUCGCCAGGGUCGUUGCCAGGGUCAGUCAGGUGGUGGGUGGUCUCAAUACUCGCCAGGGUCGUUGCCAGGGUCAGUCAGGUGGUGGGUGGUCUUAAUACUCGCCAGGGUCGUUGCCAGGGUCAGUCAGUCAGUCAGGUGGUGGGUGGUCUCAAUACUCGCCAGGGUCGUUGCCAGGGUCAGUCAGGUGGUGGGUGGUCUUAAUACUCGCCAGGGUCGUUGCCAGGGUCAGUCAGUCAGUCAGGUGGUGGGUGGUCUCAAUACUCGCCAGGGUCGUUGCCAGGGUCAGUCAGUCAGUCAGGUGGUGGGUGGUCUCAAUACUCGCCAGGGUCGUUGCCAGGGUCAGUCAGUCAGGUGGUGGUGGUGGGUGGUCUUAAUACUCGCCAGGGUCGUUGCCAGGGUCAGUCAGGUGGUGGUGGGUGGUCUCAAUACUCGCCAGGGUCGUUGCCAGGGUCAGUCAGGUGGGGGGUGGUCUUAAUACUCGCCAGGGUCGUUGCCAGGGUCAGUCAGGUUGGGGAGAGAAGGGCGGUGCUGUGCACUCACCACCCUUGCUCUCCCGGGGGAGUAAGCAGGCGCUGUGCACUCACCUGCCUUCCUCCCAUGGGGAAAGGGUCGUUGCCAGGGUCAGUCAGUCAGUCAGGUGGUGGGUGGUCUCAAUACUCGCCAGGGUCGUUGCCAGGGUCAGUCAGUCAGGUGGUGGGUGGUCUUAAUACUCGCCAGGGUCGUUGCCAGGGUCAGUCAGGUGGGGGGUGGUCUCAAUACUCGCGAGGGUCGUUGCCAGGGUCAGUCAGGUGGUGGUGGGUGGUCUCAAUACUCGCCAGGGUCGUUGCCAGGGUCAGUCAGUCAGUCAGUCAGGUGGUGGGUGGUCUCAAUACUCGCGAGGGUCGUUGCCAGGGUCAGUCAGUCAGUCAGGUGGUGGGUGGUCUUAAUACUCGCCAGGGUCGUUGCCAGGGUCAGUCAGUCAGGUGGUGGGUGGUCUCAAUACUCGCGAGGGUCGUUGCCAGGGUCAGUCAGGUGGGGGGUGGUCUCAAUACUCGCCAGGGUCGUUGCCAGGGUCAGUCAGGUGGUGGGUGGUCUCAAUACUCGCCAGGGUCGUUGCCAGGGUCAGUCAGUCAGUCAGGUGGUGGGUGGUCUCAAUACACGCCAGGGUCGUUGCCAGGGUCAGUCAGUCAGUCAGUCAGGUGGUGGUGGUCUUAAUACUCGCCAGGGUCGUUCCCAGGGUCAGUCAGGUGGUGGGUGGUCUCAAUACUCGCCAGGGUCGUUGCCAGGGUCAGUCAGAUUGGGGAGAGAAGGGCGGUGCUGUGCACUCACCACCCUUGCUCUCCCGGGGGAGUAAGGAGGCGCUGUGCACUCACCUGCCUUCCUCCCCUGGGGAGGGUAGGGAGGUGCUGCGCACUCACCUCCCCUCCUCCCCGUGGGCAGCUCCACCACACAUGGUGAUGGAGUGGAUGCCCUUUGAAGUUUUUUGUAAGGGGGUUCGAACCUGUGCGCCCCUCACAUCCCUCACUCCAAACUCAAAGGGCAUCACUCUACCCACUGGGCCACGAGGACCCAUCUUUUUUUUUGUAAAGUUGGUCUAUUUCCCCAUCUUAUGUUCACACCAAUAUAUAUUAAAGAAUUAUUAUGUGAAUUAAUUUUUAUCACAUUAUUUAUCUACUUCAUUUAUUAAUUGUAUUCUGCGUGGGAUUUGAACGCUGGCGUCCCACACCCCGGGUUCCCGAGACUGUCACUCUAUCCACUGGGCCAUGGGGACCCCAAGUCACGCUAGGGUAAAGAAGAUGUAUUUGAACGCAUCAUUUCCCUACCUGUGUUCAUGCCGCACCAAAUGUUCACUAGGAAUUACUGGUGCUGAUUCUAAUGUGAACAUUCAUUCUCACAGCGAUAAUUAGAUCAAAUUGUGGACUGUUGUGGGAGUAUCAGUCAUGGCGUGCAAACAGUAGUAGGUGAGAUCAGAGAACUUGAGAGCGGCGGGCACUCCCUGGGUCU